GUCAGACAGUUUUCAAUGUCAAUGACUCACGCAUCAACAUAAACAAGUCACAACAUGUUCGUCUUUCUUCGGCGGAUUUUGUCGUUUUCUUUCCAAUCAUUUUUCCGAUGGAAGUGAUUACCCAUCCCUAAUUCAGUGUCUAGUUCUAGUUUAGAUCGGUGUCUUGCAAUAAUUCCAUAAUGUUUUAUUUUUCAACUAUUUUCACAUGAUUUUCUGUAUUCAAGCAGAGAGCAUGGUUCUCCUCUACUUGCCGGCUUUUUAUUCCUUUAGUUGCUUACGAAGUCAAAUUCGAGAGAUUUUACUUCCAAAUUGUGCAAAGUGAAGUGUAUAGUGUGAAGUGAUGCUUGCCGAAAUCAAUUAACCAGUUUAUUUUACUGUCUCUGAAGCAAUGAUGUUUCUCAUCCCAUGCCUCUUCCUUGCUGCGGCACUCAACUCAGAGCUCAUCAAAUGUGACGAAGAUGCAUUUUAUUUCACUCAUAAUCCAAACAACACCGUUGUGAUUGAAAGGCAGACUGCAUUGCUGUCCUGCAAGACCUCAGAUGCAAGUGCUGUAUAUUACUGGACCCAUAAUGAGCAACCUAUCAAAAAUUCAACUAGAAAAUUUCAAAGAGGCUCGAAUCUUUACAUCCGCCAAGCAAACAGGGAUGUGGAUCCUGGAGUUUAUGAAUGCAUAGCGACCUUGCCAUCUGGUUUUUCCAUAAGAAGUAGCCCUGCCAAUCUUCAGGUGCACUGGAUCAGCGAGGCUGCUGAGGUGACCCUUGAAACUCCAGCUUCUGAAGAUAAAAUCACAGCAGGACGAGAGCUUGUCUUGAAAUGUGCAGCAGAGGGCAGUCCUGAUGUGAAAAUUGAAUGGUUCAGAAAUGGUGAAUUAUUUGAUCGUGUGAGUGUGAAAGGAAAGAAAUUACUGCUCAAGUCCCCAACACCACGUGAUAAUGGAGUUUACCGGUGUUCUGCGUCAAACCCAGCAGGCAGAGUUCAUAGCUCCAAAAGUUUUAUUUUAGCCCUCCCAGGUCCAGAAUGGGCUAAAAUAAAAAUUCCACCCCAAGACACGUACAUUCGCAAAGAUGCCCCGGCAUCGCUAGAUUGUUUGUAUGACAUGGCCGACGUCACAGAAUGGUAUUUCAAAGAGACUGGUCCCCUCAAAAAUUCAUCAGAGUUGACAAUCUAUCCAAACAACACCCUCCUCAUUCAUAAAAUGUCAUCAAAAAACGAGGGACUAUACGGUUGUGUUGGUAUUAGAGAGGAAUCCCUGGAGGUGCCACAGAAGUACACUGCUCAAUUAGAAAUCGCUUUUCUUCACAACAUGAAUCAAUCCACACUUAAUCUGGAAAGUGAUGAACCUGUCAUAAUUCCGGAAGGAGAGAGUUUCCAAAUAACCUGUUCGCCUCCUUUCGGCCUUCCUAAACCAACGGUGAUGUGGCAGGAUGUUAAUGGCAAAAGUUUACAAUCAAGCGCAAGUAUCACCAUCACAAAUCAAACACUUUUCAUUAAGAAAGCUCAGGUCAAUCAGCACACAGGCACUUAUGUGUGUUCAGCAGAAAAUAUUGCCGAUAAGAAACAGACGUCUUUCAAGUUAAUUGUUGCAAAGCCGCCAAGUAUCCAGUUGAAUCCGUCACCAGCUGCUGUGGACGAGGGCUCUACGGCUCUUUUCAUCUGUGGACAUACAGCGACGCCUCCACCAGUCACAACUGUCUACUGGCUUCACAAUUCGGCUCCAAUCUCCUCAGACAUUCCCCGCUUCAAUAUAUCUGAUAAUGGUUCAUUGACAAUCCACAAUGUCCAUGUUAGCGAUAAAGGAGAAUACGUUUGUGUCAUCAACAGCACAGUGUAUCCCCUUGUCAAGUCAAAACCAGCCCAUCUCUACGUUCAAGAGAGGUUAAAGUUUAACCCAAAACCCAGCAAAAAAAUAAUGGAAUUAGGUCAAGGUAGCAAAAUUCAGUGCCGUGCGCAAGGCUAUGACACACCUGUGGUCAAAUGGUUCAAGGUUGGCAAGUCUAAUGUGCCGGUGAAAGCUGAGAAUGGAACUCUGGUCUUUAAGAAUGUGACACUGGACGACCAAGGCCAAUACAUGUGUGUUGCCUCCAAUUCUCAAGGUCGAAUCAAUGUAACAAUCGAUGUCGAUGUAGUUGUCUCACCAAAAUUCCUGGCAAUUGCAAAAAAUCCUACUCAAGCUUUAGAAGGGUAUUCCAUUACAAUUGACUGUGUUGCGGACGGCUAUCCAAAACCAACUAUACAGUGGGACAAAAACACGAUCACUCAAGAGCACUUUGAUCGUUCCAGGUUUCUCAUUUUAGAGAAUGGCUCUCUUUUAAUCACUGAAGUUCAUUUAAACGAUGAAGGCAAAUAUGGCUGCACUGCUGGGAACAGCGGAGGGUUUAACCGAUCGGAGGUUUUCCUCAAUGUGAUAAGUGAGGGCUACCACCCUGGGCCAGAUGGUUGGAUGGAUUCUGGCGAUGACUUCAUGCUGACACGUACAGUUAUUGUAACUCUCAGUGCGGCAGGAUCAUACAUGUUUUUGGUCAUCGGACUCACUGCUUGGUGUAGAUUGCGAAGACGUCGAAGGAAGAUGGCCCUCAAUGCUGGAGUAGAACCGGUUCAUUCUCUGCUUGGGAAAAAUGAUGGUCUGGAAUUGAGAGACAAGCAUCGGAACGGAGAAAUAAUCAGUGGCAGGAGUGAUGGUGAAAAUACUACCCAAUCGCAAGGGUCUGGUCAGUCUAGACGGAGCCGCAAUGGGUGUGGAAGAACAGACUUUCUCCGCAAAGAUUUGCACAAUAUGAUGCUUCUAGGAAACGGACAGUUUGGCGAGGUUUAUCUGGCGCAAGCACAUGGUCUGAUAGACGAGCAGGGUGACAUGGUUGUAAUGGUGAAAGCACUUAAGAAUACUCGGGAAGAAAUUGCUCUCCAAGAGUUCACACGAGAGUUGGAUCUCUUCAGUCGCUUGAACCAUGAGAAUAUAGUAAAACUUUAUGGAUUAUGCCGGGAUGCAGAGCCUCAUUACAUGCUGCUCGAAUAUACUGAUUGGGGGGACUUGAAGCAAUUCUUACUGGCGACCCGCAAAGACCACCCUACUGCUGGGAAACCUCGGCCGCCACCUCUGAGUGUUCCGCAAAUAUUGUCCAUGGCCCAUCAAGUAGCUUUGGGAAUGGAGCACCUGACAAAUCACCGACUGCUUCACAAAGAUCUCGCAGCUAGAAAUUGUUUGAUCGUCUCGAAUCUCUCUGUAAAAAUCUCGCUCUCUUCCUUAUCAGUAGACACAUACUCGUCUGAGUAUUUCAAAUUUCAUAAUCAGCUAAUACCUCUAAGAUGGAUGCCUCCAGAAGCUGUCUUUGAGUCAGAUUAUUCAAUGAAGUCAGACACAUACUCCUACGCCUGCCUGGUUUGGGAAAUGUUCACGAAAGGAGAUGUUCCAUUUUCGCGGCUGUCUGAUGAAGAGGUGUUGAAAAACCUUGAAAGCGGUGAACUGAAGUGGAAACACCACAAAUCAAUGCCUUCAAAUCUAGUCAUUCUUUUGCAUAAAUGUUGGUCAAGGAGUCCCAAAGACAGACCAACUUUCUCGCAAAUCGCCCUCGAAGUCAAUGAUAUUUUAAGUGCUGUAAAUAACCCCGAUCAUAUCUCAUCUGUUGGAAAUUAUUCUAAUCAUGUCUAGUUUUUGACUUGAAGCCUGUUUCAAAUUGAAAUCUUUAAUGUCCAAUUUCACUGCCAUGCAGUGUUCCUUCAAGUUCUGUUAUUUUGUGACUAUAAAAUUGUGUUUUUGAGCAGACUGAAAUUAUUGCAACCUUUAGAAACGCCAACUUAAUUCCAUUUAGCUAAAUCAAGCAAAAUGGAGACUGGAUUUUUGAUAAUGUGUGAGAAAAAGAAUCUUGCAGUUUGGGGACAAAAUGGUUCUGUUUUAAACCAUAGGUUUCAUCGAAAUUUGUUCUCUAAAAAAUAAACCGAAUCCAACAUGAAUAUUUGUAGCAGCAAGCUAACCUCUCAGAAACUUUGACCAAAGUUAUCCAAGGAACUUAAAACGAAUGCCUACUUCAAUUAACUAGUUUUCCUCAGUAGGAACUGGUUUCCUGACAGAGGAUAUGUUUUUACCAUAAAUUAGUCUCUGCUUAGUCUCACAGAGGUUUGCAGGUUUAUGUGGAGAGUUGUAAAUUGUCAUGCACCUUCACGGCCUCACUUUAUGAACAACACACAUGAAAAAAUCCCCCAUUCUCAAGGCUGUGUUUUUUCCAAGGUUGUAACUAAUUUCUUUUACUUUUGUGAGUUUAUCAGUGAUUGUAUUUUAAGUCCUAAUCGUAAGUUUUUUAAUGAUCUUUAUAUUUGAUAAUUUUUGCAUGUCUUUUUAUACUUUUGAUUUGAAUUAAAAAUGAGAAAACUUAUGGUUUGA